CAUCGCUUCCCAUAUAAAUGCGCUACGGUCGGCCUCAGCAGAUGACCAUCACUCACCCACGUAUUGAUAACUACUAGACCAUGGCAUCAUCAGACUCUACAGCGUAUACUCAGGAGCACUUCAAACAGACACUGCAGGCACUGGUUGACGAGGAUGACCGCCUGAAGCCGUUUUUUACUCUGUUGCAGGCAGUCGAAGAACCGGAUGCUGAUCACCGAGAAGACGUCUUGCGAGCCUUCACUGAGCUCCAGAACUCAAACGAAGCUGAGGGGCACGGUCCGAGCAAGAAGGCCGACGCCGAGACUGGGCUCCACGUCUUCGAGCUGCAUCCAUUUGCUGAAAUGGUACAGCUAGGGCACGAGAUCGAAGGCGAGGUCUUGCAUGUUGUGCACGGCUUGAAGCGCCAUGACAAGCAACCUAGCUUCAGCAACUGGGGAAAGACUGUGUCGUAUGACCCCGGAUAUACACUGGUGAUUCGCACGAUCCGCGGCGUAUGUGAAGUGGUGAAAUGGGCGGCGAAGAAGGGGAAGAAGGUUCGCGUGGCUGGAUUCCGCCACACUUGGGGUGAACUAUUCGGUGCCGAAGGCGACGUCAUGAUCAUGUUCCUGCCCAUCGAGAGCCUGACGAAACUCCCGUACAAGCAACCUCCAUCUGACUGGAAGACGGAACUGUCUGGCAUCGAGGUCGUCAAAUCCGUCGCGGGCCGCGCCGCUCCGUCAGGUCAUGCCUUCUGCAAGAUCAUGGCGGGGACCACGAAUGACCAGCUGCGCGAAUGGAGCUUCAACAACAAGACGUGGUCUAUCCCGUUCAAUGUCAUCAUGGUCGAGAUCACGUUCGGUGGGAGCAACGCACCGAUAUGUCAUGGCUCGGGCUUCUCGAGCACGACGCUCUCUGACCUCGUUGUGGAGAUCACGUACGUCGACGCGCACGGCGAGCUACAGACUGUGAACGACCCCGACGAGCUCCGUGCUGCAAGUGGGUGCUUUGGCUUGCUUGGCGUCGUCGUCUCUAUCACCUUGCAGCUCGACGCCAUGGGAGUGGCUGAGCUAGUGCCCGUCCAUACUCCGUUGCCUCUCGCGAUCCCUCCGCCGAAGGGUUAUGCCAUUCCAAAGCAGGUACAAAGCAUGAUCGAGAAGUCCAAGAUCACGGAGGCGCAACUCGAGGACGCGAGGGCGGAGUUCAUCCGGAGGUGCGAGGAGGACUACUACCUGGAAUGGUUCUGGUUCCCGUACCAGGAACAUGUCUGGAUUAACACAUGGAAGAAGUACCCCAUGACCCCCAAGGACGGAAAUCUGGAUCCUUACCCUGGUGAUAGUUGGCUCGAUGGCGUGAAGUCUCAGGAGCUACAAUCGACUGCCGCAGAGGUUGUCACCAGCUUCUUCCUGUGGAAAGACGUCCCAGGCUACAUGCAAGCAUGGCUAUUCGGAGUCGCAUCGAUGGCCGCGAUGCCCAACAUCACUGAUCCGAAGAAAGCUAUCAAGACCUACGUUAGCGAGGCUGUACAUUUCAGGAGAGGAAUCCAGAACUUCCGGUGCUGGGAUACGGAGUGGGAGGUCCCCGUCCCUUCGAUACAAGGGAAGAGAGACUACGAUGCUAUCCAGCGCGCAUGGUGGGAUGGGAUCUCCGCAAUGUACAGUCAAGCACACGAUGCGCCGGCUCGCAUUGCGCUGGAGAUGCGACUAACAGGUGCCUCCGACGUUAUCCUUGCGCCUCAGCGAGGGAACGCGCUUGGUACGGUGUCGAUCGAGGUGCUGACCACUCUAGCAACGCCCAAAGACAUGUGGGCCGACUUCAUGCAGCUCGUCGCGGACAAGUGGACAGGUUAUGACUCGAAGGGCGCAGAUGACCGCCGGCUUCUCCCUCGGCCGCAUUGGGCGAAACAGUGGGAUGGAUUGCAGGUCCGCGGCAAGCCUGUCGUGCAGUACUUGAAGGAAGAUGCAUACAGUGAGGCAUUCGUGGAAUUUAGGGAUACCUUCCAGCGAAUAGUCACCACUCGAGGUUGCUCGGUGGGAGAGACUCGCUCUCGCUUUGGCAAUGCGCUGAUGGACAGCUUGGUCUUCGGUCCUGUCUAGAUCGUAGUAUGUACAGUAUGUCUUCGUGCAUGACUAACAUCAUACGAGCCUUCUGCUCUACUCUAUUUAGUAUGUGUAAUUUGAUUACUGUUGUGACAGCGAUGGACGACCUC